CCGCCCAGCCGCUAAUCCCUAACCCUUGUACUACCUGCCGCGAGGCUUUGAUCUUAAUCGUGCCUCACCUCACACCUUCACCAAUUCAUCUACGCACCUACCUCCAUACAUAUCCUUCUAACAAUAGUAUGAGAGAAAGGUGCGACUCUCUUCUUCCUUCUUCCUUCUACCUUGCCGCUCCCCCCUCCUAAUUCUCGCCUCCAUUUCCAUCGCCAAUUCACCGGCCGUCUUUUUUAACCAUCUGUCAACUUCUAUCUGCUUCCCAUCUGCGAUUUUGAAUCGUGAAGUAUAGCUUCUUCUCAGUUGGCGCAGAGUGCGUGAUAUUCCCUCCAAGAUGCCGAGCUCAUUCGAAGAUCACUGGAUCAACGAGCAGGCUGUGACUGCCGACCUCGGCCAGCUCGAGGAUACCGCCACUGCGGUCGAUGCGUCGUAUUACUUGCAGUUAUUCCUCGACAACCCACCCUAUCAUGAGCCACUACUCCCGGCUCUCGGUGGCCUAACCGGCAUACAGUCGCACAUCGAGCACGACCUUGACAGCUGGGCCGCAAAUAAGACCACUCCUUUCUUCGUAUUCAACGGACAAUCCAUUGAAGGUGAAGACGAUGUGUCUGUUCAGAGGGGAAAGAGAGCGAUCACGGGCACUGAUGAAGCUUGGACCUUGUACUUCCAGAGUCAGGCUAAUGAAGCUGUUUCAGCUUUUGGCUCUCACAGAGGGGCAUACCCUAUUCAUCACUUGUUCCCACUGCUCCAGGGCAUUCUCAAGCGCCGGGGACUGCACUUCUUGGUGCCUCCUUUCAACGCUUCCGCGCAACUGGCCUAUUUUGACUUGAUCGAUUCGGACCAAUGUUCGGCCAUUAUGGGCUCCCAAGAACUACUGCUAUAUCCCAUCAAGGAUUAUGUAAUCCGAUUCAUUGAUUGGGAUAAUAACAAUUUCAGCGCCAUUUCCAAGAAGAGCAUCAUCAGGACUCUAGGUGUAACCGAGCCCUUAUUCAUCGACGCAUUAUUGAUGGCGGGGACAACUUUCCUAUCUACAUUCCCACCAUUAAAGGAACCACAGAUCACUGCUCGUCAGCCUCCUUCCGUUCAGGACGCCGUUAAUAUGUUGCGUACAUCGGAAAAGUCGGUCGCGAAUGCCUGCAACUCCUUCAACGACAUCCUUAGUAAGAGCAGAGAUCCAAAUUGGCUACAGAAAUACCGCAAGGCUAGGAUGACCAUCGAUCACUUCGUCUACAUAGACGAGUCUGGAGAGAUCAAAGUUCAUAACUUUGAUACACUAACCCAAGAUAACUGGGAAUAUCUUGGUUAUCAACUACCGGCCGAGCUUUUCCAUUAUCUGAACACAGGCCUCAUCGGAGCACGUAUGCUCAGCUGGAUUUCUCAUGGUCAAAUUGUCAUCUAUCCAACUCUCGACGGAGUUAAGUCGGAUGAAUACAGGCGCUUAGUGGCCACCCAACUCAUGCCCCUGAGAGAGGCUGCUCUUAGCCUUCUACUCCCUAGAUUGCACAGAGGUAUACAAUAUAAGCCGAUUGGUGUGAAGGUGUGGUACGAUGAAAAAUAUUCCCACAAAAUCGAAUACCGCCCGCAAGAAAACCAAACCUCAGCCCGAGUUCACACUUGGAACCUGGACAGCGCUGUUGCGCAGAAGUUCUACCCCAAUGCCAAGCAUGGCUCUAUCUUUUAUGAAGUGACGGCAUUGAAGAACCCUGAAUUCGCAAAGAGGACAAUCGCCAAGGAUAAGGUUAAGGGAAUUGCCUCUGCGGAUCUAAUCUCCUCAAUUACUAUUUGGCGUUUCCUUCACCUACGUGGCUAUGUAGACGACAAGCAUCAACUUACACCCUGGGGUGAGGCCUUGGCAACGUCUCUAGAGGCACUUGAGCCUACAGUCACUAAGAACAACGAGGUCCCCGGCUUAUUUGAGGCCAUCCUUUUAGCUUAUGAAUUGCUCAGAUUCGACCUCUUGAACACCCGUAACCAGCACCCCGAAUUGAACGGCCUUCCUAUGAAUGGUAGUGAAGACGACAAGGCGAGCUUGCUGCUUAUUAGUCGGUGUUCGAUCCUAUUGAAGUUGCGCCACCAGGCUAAUGGUUACACCGGCCCACUGAGCAAAAACUUCCUAUGCUUCCGAUCUUUAUCCUCGUCUAUUCGCGAAGCCGGUAGAGAUCUUAUCGAAGCGAUUGUGGCUUCUAUGUUUCUGUUUGCGCAAACGGACCGAGAGCGAAGUGACUAUUUGGAGAUAGGCCAGAAGCUACCUUUCCUAAACGAUACGGACGUUGCUCUUGGUAUUGCCAUUAAGACGCUACUUGACGACAUCCAUCCCCAGGAGAGUGAAGUAGAGAGAAAUAAGAAGAAGGCCAGCUUCCCUGGUACAUUCGUUCCCUACGCAACUCAUUUCUUCGAAGACAUGGGAAUAGCCUUUGAUUUCUUCGACGCGAUUCAUGCAGGUGUCAAGACGUUAAAGACAUCGAAUGACAUCUCGGUCGAUAAGGAUGCAUGGGAGAAAGCUGCCGCAUACCUCAAGCUGCGGCGAUAGGCUCGCGAACCACCAAUGAUAGAGCCGAAGAAAAAGGAAUUACCGAUGAUUAACCUCGAAGAUGUUCCUCUGUGGUGCAAGAUCGGUGUCUUCAAUGGUGGCGCGGCUACGUGUGCGAGUGGCAUUCCCUAGCUAAGACCUCUUGGCAUUAGUCAUACGACGAGGAAACUGAUUAUCAUGCACAUUUAUUCCGACAGAUGAUUGAGUCCUUAUAGUACUCGGCUAGUUGGUUGUAUGUGCUAUUCAGCUCAUGAGGCUGCCUUUCAUCCCGACUUUGCAUCGAUCUAUCCUGGGUUGGUCUGAUUAACUCAGGUGAUAUCUAUACUCUUGAAACCGUUCAUCUCACCUUUGCGGAACAAUAGUACUCCGAGGCCCCUUUAUGAUUCCACGAGGCGUUUGGGUCGGGAAAAAAAGGGACAGGACCUAUGGCUUCCGAGUUGCUUUGUCGCUAGCGUUCGGUUGCAAGUUUUCAUUUGCCUAUCCGCAGGUUUAGUAGAGGAAAUUCGGCGGGUAGGAGAUCACGAACGGACGAAUGAACAAACAAAUGUGAAAAAUUAACGAACAAUUCUGCUUACUAUUACUAUAUCUACUAGUUCAGCUCUAGUACUAGGUAGUAAUUAGUUGGCACCUAA